GCUAGGGCGACCAGGCUUCCUGAGGCACGUGCCUGGUAUAAAAGCUGAAGGCGUCUCAGCGAACUACGCACACAGACUCAAGAAGCAUCAACCGUGAGACAACUCCACACUCCCUAAGCAGAAGCCACCAUGUCAGACCUCUCUGUUGGAAUCAAUGGCUUUGGUCGCAUUGGCCGCCUGGUCCUGAGGGCUUGCCUUGCGAAGGGCAUUAAGGUUGUGGCCAUCAAUGACCCCUUCAUUGACCUGCAGUACAUGAUUUACAUGUUCAAGUAUGACUCCACCCAUGGCCGUUACCGUGGUGAAGUCUCUGCAGAAAAUGGCAAGCUUAUUGUCGAUGGCCAGGCCAUCUCUGUCUUCCAGUGUAUGAAGCCAGCUGAAAUCCCUUGGGGCAGCUCUGGAGCCAAAUAUGUGGUUGAAUCCACUGGAGUCUUCCUCAGUAUUGAGAAGGCCUCUGCUCAUAUCCAGGGUGGUGCGCAGCGUGUGGUUGUGUCGGCCCCCUCACCUGAUGCUCCAAUGUUUGUCAUGGGAGUUAACGAGGACAAAUAUGACCCCUCCUCCAUGACCAUUGUCAGUAAUGCCUCCUGCACCACCAACUGCCUGGCCCCCCUGGCCAAAGUCAUCCACGAUAACUUUGGCAUUGAGGAGGCUCUCAUGACAACAGUCCACGCUUACACAGCCACGCAGAAGACAGUAGAUGGUCCCAGUGCCAAGGCCUGGCGUGAUGGCCGUGGUGCCCAUACAAACAUCAUUCCAGCUUCCACUGGUGCUGCCAAGGCAGUGGGCAAAGUCAUUCCUGAACUCAAUGGUAAGCUGACAGGCAUGGCAUUCAGGGUGCCAGUGGCCGAUGUGUCAGUGGUGGAUCUGACAUGCCGCCUUUCCAAGUCUGCUUCAUACGCUGAGAUUAAGGAAGCUGUCAAGAAGGCCGCACAGGGACCCUUGAAAGGAGUGCUGGGUUACACUGAGGACCAGGUGGUGUCCUCUGACUUUAUCGGUGAUACUCAUUCCUCCAUCUUUGAUGCUGGUGCUGGCAUCUCCCUCAAUGACAACUUUGUCAAGCUCAUUUCCUGGUAUGAUAAUGAGUAUGGCUACAGCAACCGCGUUGCCGACUUGCUGGUGUACAUGCACUCCAAGGAGUAGACACUUCCUGUCCACAAAGGAAAUCAGCAAAGGGACCACCCCUAACCAUGUUUUACUUCCACCCUUCUCUUUUACACACAAGCCCAACCCAUAGCCAAGUCAUAGCAUCACGACCAUUAGCUCUACUACAGUAUAUGUAGGCAGCAGCAGUGUGUUUGAGUGUUUAUGAGUUGUUCUGUUUUUUUUUCCUUAUAAUUACGAGGCGACCGUUUGGUGAAACUGUUUGUGUCCGUGUGCCCCUCUCCACCUCCCACUUUAGAUGUGUCGUUAUGGCUCAGUACUAUGGUAACUACUGUAUCCAUCUCCCUGUUGGUGUGUUUAAAGGCUUUAUCACCAGUGAAAGGAGGAAGCUGAGAGGCAGACCUACUGUAACUCUGCUUAAGAAUAUAUGAGACAAAUAAAAGUUGAAAAACCUCA